CAAUUCCUCUUGCUGAGGGCUGAGGGCUGGGAGCUGAAGGCUGACCACGUCCUCUGUCCGUCCGCCCCCAGCCUGCAUGAGGAGUCCAGCACAGCCUGACAGACUCCAGAAGCCAACGGUCACGGCAGCGUCUCGGCCAGCCUCGCUAUGAACCUGGAGCCACCCAAAGCCGAGAUCCGGUCGGCCACCAGGGUGAUUGGAGGGCCAGUCACCCCGAGGAAAGGGCCACCUAAAUUUAAGCAGCGGCAAACCAGGCAGUUCAAGAGCAAGCCCCCCAAGAAAGGCGUCCAAGGGUUUGGAGAUGACAUUCCUGGAAUGGAAGGCCUGGGGACAGACAUCACAGUCAUCUGCCCCUGGGAGGCCUUCAACCACCUGGAGCUGCACGAGCUGGCCCAGUAUGGAAUCAUUUAGCCAGAGCCCUGCUUUGAAAACCCUGCGGAGCCUUGCUGGAACCCUUCCCUGCCCCUCUGUCCACUGUAUGUCCUGCCCAGGAGCUCUACCAGACCUGAGCUCCCAGACCAGCUUGCAUCUGACCUCCAGGUGGGGUAACUUUAGGUCCUGACACUUAGGAAGCACGCCACUUCUCCCCAGGACACCCUGCUGACCUUCCAAAGACACUGGUCCACCCCCUCAGGAUGGUAGUAAGAGGUGAGGUGGACCGCAGACCUACGCACCCCCUGCUUGUGGCUGGAAUACAGGAGGGUCCUCCAGGUGUAUUACUCAUACCCUAGUCCCUGUGUAGACCUCUGCUGGUAAGAAGGCUUUCUUGUGCUGCAGCUCUUCCAACUGGAUGUCCUAGGAUCGUGUGGUGAGAGAAUGAGCCUACCACCCACACCUGCCUUCCCCAAAACACCCUAUGCUUUUUCCUGUUGAAAAUAAAUUUAGCAAGUCUU